AAAAUCACUGUCCGUGUGUGUAGUCUGCACAUUUCAGAUUGUUAUCCAUCUCGGUCACACCAAACUCAGUGCUCCUGAUGCCUGGCCGUCGCUAUGGGAACGCAAACUUUGGACAACAUUGGCUACUCUGACUGACCGGUUAGCUACAGUAGCUAGAUACUUUUACCCCAAAACAAUGAAAUAACUAACUUAGUGAAAUACAUUUCGUUUCCUGGACAAAAUGACGUGGAGAAAUAUCGACCCUUUGUCAAUUGAUGAGACCAUUGAUGAAGGGAAAGAGGAGAAGGAUGUGGAGAAGAGAAGAGCCUCGGUGUGGGAACAUCAGGAGCUAGCCCAGAUUCCUAUCAAGGUGCUGAGGGGUCACACAGAUGCUGUCACCGGCUGCCACUUCUGCUUUGAUGACACCAAAGUCCUGACCAGUUCCCAGGACAAGACGGCCACUCUGUGGGACACAGAGAGUGGCGCCGCGCUGUUGGUGUUUGAGAGAGGACAUCUGUCCAACAUCUCUGAGUGUGCCUUGAUCCCUGACAAGAAAAGACUGAUUACUGCAUCAUGGGACAAGACCCUAAAUGCAUGGGACCUGGAGACUGGCAAGAUCAUUUGGACUGCAGCUCAGGCUGGUCUCCUGACCUCAUGUAGCGUCUCAGAGGACGGGAAGUACGUAGUCUCCUCCUCCGACCUGGAGAAUGCAAUCUGCCUGACCUCAGCUGAUACAGGGGAGAGGCUCUUCCACAUCAAAGGUACAUCCUAA